UUGGUUUUAAAAUGAAAAACCCACAUAAAAGCUAAAUCAUUCUCAUAAAAAUUUUGCAUCAGAAUUCUAUUUAGAUAUCAUUAUAAAUUUUUUUGUAUCUAAUUCUGUAUGUUAUUAAAUUGUUGUUUCACUUAUUGCAUGUCCUUGUAUAAAACAGAACCAUCCACCUUCAAGGUACUAAAUUCAUCCUUAUCUAGUCUGAUCUUUUUUCAAGUUUUCUUUCCCCCUCCAUUUUUACCCUUUCAGGCAGACUCAAUGCAUGAGCCUCCUGCUAAAGCGGGCUCUGGGUAAGGUAAGAUGUACACAACCUCUUUCCCAUUUCUAGUGAAGUUGUUUCUGUGACUCAAACCAGUUAUGAACGUCGCGAUUUACUUGAUACUUCUAUUUGUGGGUAUUGGAUUUUUGGUCAUAAUCCAUGUCUGUAUAGUUGGGAGAGCCUUCAGAAGAGGGUUUAUGAAUGCAAGCACAGCAAUUGAGAGUAGUGGCAGAUUUGGAAGCACAAGCAUGUCUCAAGACGACCUCGAAAGGCUUCCGAGCUUCGAUUUCAAAGCAAGAGAGAAAGGAAGUAGUCCAGUGGAUUGUGCUGUUUGUUUGGACAAUUUCAAGGUGGGUGAGAAGUGUAGAUUGUUGCCUCUGUGCAAGCACAGUUUUCAUGCCCAGUGUGUGGAUUUGUGGCUUGUGAAAACACCCAUUUGUCCAAUCUGUAGAACCAGUACUGAUUCAUGGAAAGGUGGCUCAGUUUCUGGGGAUGAAAGUGGGCAUUUCAGUGGGAUUGAAUUGAGGGAGAGCCAAACUACGGAGUGGGAGUCGAGGGAGAGCCAAACAGCAGAAAUUGACAAUUUUUUGGCUUUAGAAAUUGACCAUUUGAGUGAGUCUGGAAUUGAGGCAACAGAGAGCCAAGCUGUGAGUGAAGUUGGAGUUGGUGAAAAUCAAACAAGUUUAUUAGUUGGGUCUCCACUUUAGUUUGAAUUGUGAAAAUCCCAGUUAUUACUGUUCAUUGAUGAUCAUAUUUGUGUCCACAGAAAAAGGGAAACAAAAAAAAGAGAAGAAGAAGAAGAAGACAUGAAUGAUGGUCUCUUUUUUGUAGUUGGAAUUUUGAAUGUAAAUAUUGGUAUGGUUGAUGUUAUUUUUGCUACAAAUACAACUGAGUCUAUUGAAUCUGGUAGUAGUUGGUCUACUUUCUUGUUAUCAUUUGCAUAGUGCAGUUUAGAUGGUCACAAUACUCUCCAUCA